UACCGUUUAUUUUAUUGUUAUUCGGUUUUUAUUAAUUUUUAUUGUUACAAAGACCUACAUCAUUUCUUCAACUAUGCUGUUGAAGUAAAUUAAUUUUAAUAAUUAUUGUUAAAACACUCUAUUAGUGGAUUUAAUUUUUAUUAGUGAUAAGUUAAAAUUAUAUGUGUGUUAAAGAUAGUAUCGAAAUACUUGGAGAUAAAGUAAUCGAUUGUGAUGGUUAAAAAGAUAUAUAUUAUAAAGAGAAAAAAAGUCUUGCUGAAACGUGAAGAUGUAUAAGUGUGCAAUGGAAUGAUUUAAUAAUGUAUUGUUGUACGUACUUCAAGUUUUCUCAUAAAGUAACGAAAAAACUUAACCGAGUAAAUUUUAUAAUUGAGGGAUGGAGUGGACUUGGUGGAAAGAUUGGUGGAGAUUGAAGAAAUGGCGACAGCGUAAUUUAAACAGUAAUUUUAGUGAUGAUGAUUUUUAUGAUUUGGAUUACUGUUAUUGUGAUGAAUGUAUUGGCGAACUGUCGGACGGGUGUGACAAUGAUGACGGGUAUAUGGUCGAGGAUGACCUUGACGGCGAGGGGAAGCAAGUAUUGGUGGGAAUAUGCGCUAUGGCCAAAAAGUCACAGAGCAAACCUAUGAAGGAGAUUUUAACUAGACUUGAAGAGUUUGAAUACAUUAAAGUUAUUGUUUUUGGUGAAGAAGUAAUACUCAAGGAACCUGUUGAAGAUUGGCCUGUUGUUGACUGCUUAAUUAGCUUUCAUAGUAAAGGAUUUCCAUUAGAUAAAGCUAUUAGUUAUGCUAACUUACGUAAACCUUUUAUUAUUAAUAAUCUUCCAAUGCAAUAUGGUAUACAGGAUAGAAGACGAGUUUAUGCUAUUUUAGAAAGCGAAGGAAUUGAAAUACCUCGAUACGCCGUUUUAGAUCGUGAUUCAGCAGAUCCCAAACAUUGUUUUUCAGAUCAUGAGCUAGUUGAGUCUGAAGAUCAUGUUGAAGUUAACGGUGUGACAUUCAAUAAGCCAUUUGUGGAGAAGCCAGUGUCUGCUGAAGAUCAUAAUAUUUAUAUUUAUUAUCCGACUUCUGCUGGUGGCGGCAGUCAAAGAUUGUUUCGUAAAAUUGGGAGUCGAAGCAGUGUUUACUCACCAGAAUCCCGUGUCCGUAAGACUGGUUCUUAUAUUUACGAAGACUUUAUGCCCACUGACGGCACCGACGUUAAAGUUUAUACAGUAGGACCUGAUUAUGCUCAUGCGGAGGCAAGGAAAAGCCCAGCUUUGGAUGGAAAAGUUGAAAGAGAUUCUGAGGGAAAAGAAAUACGCUACCCGGUUAUCCUUAGCAAUGCUGAGAAAUUAAUUAGUCGAAAAGUUUGCCUUGCCUUCAAACAGACUGUUUGUGGAUUUGAUCUUCUCAGAGCUAACGGGAAAUCAUUUGUAUGUGAUGUCAACGGGUUUAGUUUUGUAAAAAAUUCAAAUAAAUAUUACGAUGACUGUGCUAAAAUAUUAGGCAACAUGAUUCUACGUGAAUUAGCACCAACGUUACAUAUACCGUGGAGUGUGCCUUUUCAAUUAGAUGACCCGCCAAUUGUACCAACAACAUUUGGAAAAAUGAUGGAACUGCGAUGCGUGGUAGCGGUAAUCAGACACGGUGACCGUACUCCAAAACAAAAAAUGAAAGUUGAAGUGCGGCAUCCAAAAUUUUUUGAGAUAUUCAAAAAAUACGAUGGAUACAAACACGGUCAUGUUAAAUUAAAAAGGCCUAAACAGUUGCAAGAGAUAUUAGAUACUGCGAGGAGUUUGCUGACUGAAAUUCAACACCGUGCUGCUGGGCCCGAGUUGGAAGAAAAGCAGGGGAAAUUGGAACAACUUAAAAGUGUCUUAGAAAUGUACGGGCAUUUUUCAGGAAUCAAUCGUAAAGUACAAAUGAAGUAUCAACCACGUGGUAGACCACGCGGAAGCUCGUCCGAUGACGGUAACAAUUACAAUCGUUUGGGCGAACCAUCACUAGUAUUGAUAUUGAAAUGGGGUGGUGAGUUGACACCAGCUGGAAGAAUCCAAGCAGAAGAAUUGGGCCGCAUUUUUCGUUGCAUGUAUCCAGGUGGUCAAGGUAGACACCUUAGUGGGGAAUAUGCAGGUGCUCAAGGUCUUGGAUUAUUGAGAUUACAUUCAACAUUCCGACAUGAUUUGAAAAUUUACGCGAGCGAUGAAGGGAGAGUUCAGAUGACUGCUGCUGCUUUCGCUAAAGGAUUGUUAGCGUUGGAGGGUGAACUAACCCCGAUUUUAGUACAAAUGGUUAAAAGUGCUAAUACUAAUGGGUUAUUGGAUAAUGAUUGUGAUAGUAGCAAGUAUCAAAAUAUGGUGAAAACAAAAUUACACGAAUUAUUACAACAAGACAGAGAAUUUACGAAAGAAGACAGAGAACAAAUAAAUCCCGGUAAUGCAAUAAGUAUUAAUGAUGCGUUAGAUUUUGUAAAAAAUCCAGUUAGAUGUUGUCAGCAUGUACAAAUGUUAAUACACAAACUGAUGGAUAUUGUACGAAUUAAAAAAGAUGAUCCCAAAACAAAAGAUGCCAUUUUAUACCAUGGAGAAACAUGGGAGCUGAUGGGCCGUCGUUGGGGAAAAAUAGAGAAAGAUUUUUGUACAAAGAACAAACGUUUUGAUAUUUCAAAAAUACCAGACAUUUAUGACUGCAUAAAAUAUGACUUACAACACAACAACCAUACUCUGCAAUUCGAUCACGCCGAAGAGUUGUAUAUGUAUGCAAAGUACUUAGCAGACAUUGUGAUACCUCAGGAGUACGGUUUGACAGUCCAAGAAAAACUUACAAUUGGGCAAGGAAUAUGUACUCCACUCUUGCGAAAAAUCCGUGCCGAUUUACAGCGCAAUAUUGAAGAGUCUGGUGACGAAACUGUUAAUCGUUUGAAUCCGCGGUACUCUCAUGGAGUUUCAAGCCCCGGAAGACAUGUAAGAACACGAUUGUACUUCACGAGUGAGAGCCAUGUUCACUCUUUGUUGACUGUGUUGAGAUACGGCGGUCUAUUAGACAUGGUUAAGGAUGAACAGUGGCGGCGUGCGAUGGAAUACGUCAGUAUGGUAUCCGAGCUUAAUUAUAUGUCGCAAAUAGUUGUGAUGCUGUACGAAGAUCCCACGAAAGAUCCAAGCAGUGAAGAAAGGUUUCAUGUUGAAUUGCAUUUCAGUCCUGGUGUUAAUUGUUGUGUACAGAAAAAUUUACCCCCUGGACCAGGAUUUAGACCACAUUCACGCAAUGAGAGUAGUCAUAAUUUGCAAGAUACAUCAUCGCAGUGUAACGCAAGAAUUGAUGAAGAAGACGAUGAGCUAGGUCCUCUGGAUGACGAUUUAGUAAGUCCACCGCCUACUUCAAGUUCAUCACCGCCAUUAAUCGAAACCGACCAACCAGAUUCUACCCUUGGAAGUCCAACAACUAGUCGCGCCAUCGAUAUGAUGGAUUUGGAUCCUAACAUGAUGGACGAACCAUUUGAUAGUGGAUUUCUUCAAAGCUCAGCACCAAUUCCCAUUAGCGCGAGAACAGUCGCAGGACACGAAGCUGCGAGAUUGGGUAGUCAAUUAGCAGCAAGUCAGCGUCAAAGACGCGAACGUGAAGCUGCUAAUAUUUGCGAACCACGAGCACGUAGUUACGAUCAUCAGCGACAGGAUAAAGCUGAAAAAAUAGCGGCAGAAAAGCUGCAGUAUCAAAGUCUGGAUGCAGUCAAUCGAGAAGUUGCUCAGCGAUUAUUGUGCGUGUGGUGGAUCCUUUAUUAAACAAUUUUUUAAAGA